AUGAGCUCCCCAGUUCAAAUAACGCAACCUCAAACCAACGGUGUUGAUCGACCGUCUGCCACUUCUCCACAGAUCCUCGAUAUUGUUCGCUGUUCCCGCUGCCAACAAUCUCUCAGCCUGGGCCAAUCAGGCUGCGGCGCCGUUCAAUUCGGCAUGAACUCCUACUACUGCAAUCGCUGCGCCACCAAAGUCGGUUUCGGACGAUGA